CUCGUAAUUUCACCUUUCAGGAGGAAAACACGUGGGAACAGGUUACGGUUGAUUUCUGUGAUGUUUAUUGUUGUGAUAAACACUUCUAUAUCUUUGUGAUAUUUAUCAGCCCUACGCCCUGUGAACACAAACAUACUGCCCCCUUGUGGCCAUGCAGAGGUACUGGUGGCCGGGUUUUGAGAAGCACCUUCUGGUUGAGCUGCAGAGGCAACAAAACAACGUCCAGUUCUGUGACACUCUGUUACAAACCGAAGGUAUCUCCAUACCCACCCACAGCUGUGUCCUGGCAGCUCUCAGCCCCUAUCUGUCUGAGAAGCUGUCAGCCUCCCCGUCUCCUCCUCCUGGCCAGAAGUAUCAUCUCAGGCUCCACGCUGUGAAGGCGAAGCCCCUGUUGAAACUGGUCGCUCUGUUGUAUUCUGGAGCCAUGUGUGUUAGAGGCAGCAUCGAGCAAGAGGAUGUUCUGGCCUUAGCCCGACGUUUUGGGAUUACAGGACUGGAGGAAGGACAAAGAGAUGGACCAAUAAGGGAAGGGGACUGUUCUUUAUUACGACUGAAUGAAUUUCACUCAGAAGACAGACGGACAGUACAAGUUCAGACUGAGCCACGUCUGGACCACAGAUCAGAUCUUUCAGCUGGGCUACAGUCUCAACCCUUAACAAGUGAUGAAAUGAUCUCCUCAAACUGGAGCUGUGUCCACCCCAACACACACACCACAACAGCAGAAACUCCAACACACACAACUGAAACAAAUCCCACCUCAGGUCAGGGGUCACUGGGUCACCCAACCAUCAGUGUUUCCCUCAGCAGCACCAUGGGCAGUUCAAGUGACCAGAAAGACAACUUCUGUCAUCUUCCUUCUGUCAUCAACUGUUCAUGUGAUUUGGACGAAGAUGGAACAGAAGUGGAGAUUGGAGGAAGAAAUCUAGAGACGUCGGGAGACAGAGGUCAACAAACACAGGAAGAUCUAAGUUGGGGAGAGGAAACAGACAUGUCUGAUGUUGGUGUUAGGAUGAACCUCAAACGAUCACAGACCAUUGAGUCUGCAGUCAAGGUGAAGCUGAGACGGACGAUGAAGACCAAACAUGAAUCCUGGGAGGUGGUGCAAACACGAGACACAGAUGGACUCAACCCGGGUGGUCUAAACACUGACCUCACUGAGGUCAAAUCCUCUUCCUCAACUGACCCAUCAAUGGUGCUGCAAUACCCGUAUCCUAAGUCUUUGCAAGAAUCUCACCCCCAGACUCCCUCUGUUGAUGUCUUACUCUCGGACCUCAACCCCCCAGACUCUUCCGGUGUCCAGUCCUUGACCCCCAUAGCCCACACCAGCCCAGAACAGAUUAUGGACUCUCAGUGUUCUGGUUCUAGUCAGUGUUCUACCAACAAUUUCCCCACAUCCUCUGACUCCCAGGAGACCUCCAGGGCCCCCCUCACACCAGACCAGAGCACAGCCAGGGAGGCCUCACCCCUGCUCCAAAGUCAGGACUGUGUGGAGGAGUCGGAUGAGCAGGAGAAGCUGCUGGAGGACAUCAUGAUGAGCCUCCACUUCCUGCCUGACUUGGAAGAAAACCCCUCAAUUCAUUAUCAUGGUCAACCAAGCAUUUGCCAAGACCUGGGACCCAGUCAAACACUGGGACCUGUUGGUGCAGGAAGUGAACACUUUACCCAGGAAUCAGGAACAGGAACUUACAACACAUUCACAGAAACAGGUGUCCAGUCUGGUUCUACAGAAGAAAACCUGCCUCCCUGUCCAGGACUUUCAUCUGUUCUAUCAGAAGCCACGAUGAUGCAGCAGCAGCAUGAUCAUCAUACUCUGCAGCAGCAGCAGGAUCAGUCCUCCGUAAAAUCCUUGUGGAAAAUAAAUGGGUUGAGUCGACAGGUUACGUCUUCAGACAAAUCAAACCUAUUUUUAUGUCCAGAUAAACCAACACCCAGACCUGUCCUUCCCUCAACUUUCCCUUCAGCUGUACAGGAAACAUGUUACCCAGAAUUCCCAGGGUUCUCAGGUUCUCUUCAGCACAACAUUGAAUUCUUGCCUUUAAUGAAUGGGAAGCAGACAGAGUCUCUUCAUAAUCUGUCUUUACUCUGUAUGGCUGACAUGAGGCUCCCCCCAUGUCUCUCUCCUGUACCUCUGUGUACCACGUUCAGAAAUCCACCCACUCUGCUGAAACACGACUGGCUGAGAGAAAAACCUGCGUCAGGGCAGUUUCCUUGGACGAUGGUCACAACGACCCCAACAUCUGCUCAUCCAGAGGAAAGACCUGAAUCAAAGAAGACUAAAAGACAUCAGGUUCAGAAUGUAGCAGUGGCACCUAAAAGAAGGAAGGCUAAUGCCAAGACUCAUCCACCAGAUGGCGGCACUAGUGUGAAAGCAUGUGAUUUGUCACAAAACGAACAAAUCUUGGUCAAAGGUGAAGUCAGUUUGUCCAACAACAAUGUGCCGAAAAGAACCAGAAAAACUGCCAACUGUACACAGAAGACCAGACGUUCUGUGGUGACUGUGGAGCAGCGUCGGAUCAGAACCAGGAAUUAUUUGAAAAUAACUCAAAAACCAAGUGACACCUCAAACAAAGAUGUACCUGUGGUUGCAGUGGCCUCAGAAAAAUAUGUCCCUACUGAGAGAAGUGACAAGUCUGAUAUUUGUGCCGAGGUAAACACCCCAGAGGUCAGAAAACACAGGAACACACAUCGCUCCCGGACUUCCAUACUGAAGGAGUUUAAAAAAUUCAUAAAAAUGCAACACUCAAAAACAAGGAAUUCAAAGGAAAAACAGAAAUCGAACCACACAAAAAGACAUGCCGACACCGAAGAGACGAUGAGAACAGACGUGACUUUUAACGGAUCACCUGUGAGGCUGCAGCCGGGUCAUGAAGAUGCUGCCGAGACUGAGAAGAGGAGAAAAGGCUCCAGUACAGCACUGGAUGAAAAUCACAAUCGGACUUUGGACCAGUCAGACAUCAAGAAGAGAAGAUCACGACAGGAGGACAGAGAUGGUUGUCAUGGUGACGACCCUUCAGUAACGACCAGGAUGAAAACGGCGAUGGAGCUGCAACCAAAUGAUCACAACACCAUCAGUGACACAGUACAGAAGGGUCAGGACGACGACAGACCGCAGCCUGCUGGGGUCAGAAGGUCUCCGAGCAGUGUGGAGGAGGAGAUGGUGGUGGUGGAGGAGAUGGUGUUGAUAGAGGAGAACAAGGAGGAGGAGGAAGUGGAUGUACUGACUUUUUCUCCAGUCAGAGUGCAGAGCAGAGAGGAACAACUUCUCAGCAGUGACAUUGUUCCAGAUGAAGAGGAAGACGUGGAUGUGGACGAGGUUGAUGUGACUGGAGACGACACAGACUGAUGGCUACGACUGCGGUACUCUUAUGUUCUCCGUGUUUUGUUCUAUUAGUUAACAAAGGUUGCUUUCUAUGAUCACACAGUCUUCUCACUUCAUGAGUUCAACAGACCAAUUUAAAAAUCUUCUGAAUGUUUUGUUCAUCAGUUUGUCACAUAGAUGGAGUGUGUAAUGCACUUAAAACGGUAAGACUAAAAAUGGUUAACAUCAUUGAAGAGGUAAAAAAAAAAAACCCAUUGCAUUUCUAUGUUGGAUUUUUAAUUAAAAAUAUACAAAAUUUGUUUGUUUAAAAAACACUUUCAUCCAAGUUUUUCUUCACUCUCCUCUAAUGUGGGAUUCAGCCCAGUAGUGCCCCUCAGG